GUGGAAUUUGCUGCCAAGGAGUGUGGUGGAGUCUCCUUCUUUGGAGGUCUUUAAGCAGAGGCUUGACAACCAUAUGUCAGGAGUGCUCUGAUGGUGUUUCCUGCUUGGCAGGGGGUUGGACUCGAUGGCCCUUGUGGUCUCUUCCAACUCUAUGAUUCUAUGCAUGCUUUUAACAGAGCUCGUGUAGAAUGCCUAAUUUAAAAUGAUAGCGAAACGAUACAAUACGAUAAUCUUUAUUGUCGUUGUCCCAUACAGAAUAACGAAAUUGAAAAAAUCUACAUCAGACAUUUUAAAACCAACAAGCCUGCUAUCCCAACUAUCCCAGCCUGGUUAACCCCCUUAAAACUCUGAUAGCCCAUAAUUAAAUACAAUAUACUCCCACAGAGACUACUUUACACUGCGUUUAAAACCAAAAUCGCAUUUGGAUAAAAACUGUUUCUCAGGCGGCUAGUCCUAGUCUUUAUAACCUGUACCUUCUUCCAGAAGGCAGAAGCUGAAAGAGAUCAUUACCAAACCUGUUCAUACUCAUCUGCAGCUACCCGAUGAAUAGCAUUAUUGCAAUAAAUUUCUGACAAUCACGCUCUCCCGGGAGAGGAGAUUGUUGUUGUAAAGCAGCCAUGUAUAUUGAGGGCAAAUCUAGCUUCAUUACACCGGCUUGUUCGCCAGCGUGUGCUUGCGUCAAUGGAUGGCUUUAUCAGCAGGGCACACAGGUGAGGGCACUGGGAGCAGGAAAUGGCAUCAAACCCGGAAGCAAAGUCAGGCGGCAACUUCAGCUUCACAUGACAGCCGCUUAAGAGGAAGCUUCUUGGAUCUGUUACGCCUAGAUAUACUGAGAGGGGCGGUGAUGGCCUAAAGCUACGCGGUGAUGGUCUAAGGCUCCGAUUUCUUAAAGGUACAGAAAGAGGGACUGGUGUGUGCAAGAGGGAGAGGAUAUCUCAGUGUAGUUAGGAAGUUUCUAGGGCAGCUAUGGUUUCUGUUUUUAUCUAUGCCCCCCCCCAUUUUUGUUAUAGGUAGUUGCCCCCACUACCCCAUUCUGCCCUGCCUGCCAUGGGACCUGCUGGGAGUCUGUGGCAUCACAUCCCGAGUGAUUCUGAAGGUGAGUCUUCUUUGCUCCCAUCUCUCACCCCCCCUUCCCAUUCAACACCCCCACCCCACCCCCGUUUUCUUCUCUGACUGCUUCUCUUCCACCCCCUCAAGAAACAGGGGAAGAUGAAGAUGCCUCACCCUCUGCCGAGCCUGAGACCACCCUGGAUGCCUGUAGCCAGUGGAGGAACAACGUGGGCUUCUGGUGAGGCACCGUUUGCUUUAUUUCCACAGUUUUUCUAGGCUACGUAGCAUGAACAAAAGCAGAACCUCCUUUCUUAUUUUAUUUAAAGCAGCUUCUUUGUGGCGUUAUUUCUUGAACAAUGACAGCUCGAUUAAACUCAGGUUUCUCUUUCUAUGCGUUGGUGCAUUUUGCUGUAUGCUCUGUUGACACUAAACGGAUCAGAUUUCCUUUUCUUUUGAUCUCUUCCCUUGUUGCAUCCUCCACAUCUGAGCAUAUUGCAACAUACUGGAGGGCUGUGUGGGGCUUGCUGUAGCCGGAUUUGUACAAACUCUCACACACACCCCUAGGGAACUGAGGGUGUGGGGAUGCCAUUCUGGGCUUUCAAAAGGGACUAUAAUCGAAAGCAGGGGUCAGCAAACUUUUUCAGCAGGGGGCUGGUCCACUGUCCCUCAGACCUUGUUGGAGGGCCAGACUAUAUUUUUUUUGGGGGGGGGAAAGAACAAAUUCCUGUGCCCCACAAAUAACCCAGAGAUGCAUUUUAAAUAAAAGGACACAUUAUAAUCAUGUAAAAACAUGCUGAUUCUUGGACCAUCCACGGGCCGGAUUUAGAAGGCGAUUGGGCUGGAUCUGGCCCCCGGGCCUUAGUUUGCCUACCCAUGGUCUAAAGGCACGAUGCAGCAACCUUACUGAAGCUAGGCAGAACUGAAUCUGGAUGGGAGGCUGCUUGGGAGCAGGGAACCUUAUAUAUGCCCCCUUGAACUCUGGCCUGGAAAAAAGGCAGAAUAGAAAUUAAAGAAAUGAUAUGAUAACCCUGACUCUCCUGUCUUGCAUUUUUGGGUGCUCUGACUUGCCUGCUUUCCCCUCCACAGGUUGCUGGGACUCUGCAACAACUUUGCCUAUGUGGUAAUGCUGAGUGCUGCCCAUGAUAUUCUCAGCCAUCAGAAGGUGCCAGCAGGCAAUGGGACUGAACCCGUGAGUAUUCAAAGGAGAGGAGUACUUGAGUGUUUGUGUAUAAAACAGAGCAAGAAACAGAUUGUACUCGGUGCAGGAGAAAGCGAGAGAAAGUAUCUGAGCCUGGAUGAGAGAGAUGAAUAGAAAAACAUCUGUAUGCCAGAUCUGGUGCAUUAGGGCCUACACAUGCACAGGACUGUGGACUGUGGCAGAGGGUGCAUCACAUGUGUGUACGAAAGAUGAAAAAGGAUUAUUUGGAUGUUGGCACUCCACUAAGGCUGGCUCUAGCACUUGAUUAGCCAGGGCCUUUGGAUAUUUGAAAGGCCUCUUAAGAUCAAACCACUCUAAGCAGAGGGGAAAUUUCAGGCAAACGUGAAGGCAAACAUCUCAGAGCGUUGGAUCUGACUACAAACAGAUUUGCUCUGUAAAUUAGUGGACUAGUAAGUGGGGAAAAUACAGAGCCAUUCAGAUAUUGUACGUGGCAAAGAAGGCAUUGGCAUGCCCUUACGCUGCUAGUGAGCACAUGCACUAAUCGAGAAGACUGUGACAUUACCCAGUGCUAACUAAGAUGGCAGCAGUACGUAAUGGCACUCUCCGCCUGGGCCUUGCAACAUGACCAGGGAGCCCUAUACAAACCAGCCAUGCUGGUUGCUGAUAUUGGUCAUAAAUAUGAGCAGUAUGUUUGACAAUGCCGUUUAGUGGUGCUAAUAUUGUACUGUUUAGUGUUUAGAAUAGGACCAGGGAGAUCUGGGUUCAAAUUUCCACACAGCCAUGAAGCUCACUGGGUGAUCUGGAGUUAGUCAGCCUAACCUACCUCCCAGAGUUGCUGUGGAGAUAAAUGGUGGGGGGAGGGUAAAACCAUGUUACACUGUCUCUAAACUACCCAUUGAUGGAAAGUUGGACUAAAAGCAUAAUAAAAAGUGUCUGAAAAUCUGCAAAGGUCAAACUAGACAUGACUUCUAACUGCAUUUUUUUGAAUCCUCCAGACUUCAGACUGGUCAUGUAUCUUUCUUUGCAAAAAGCAGCUCCAGGGCCCCCCUAAUCUUUCCCCCCUCUCCCCGUUCCAACCCCCCCUCCCAGCUGAUAUUUGCCCCUAUUCUAAAAAUCAAGAAAAUGGCAAGGGAGAGAAGGGUUAAAGCUGGGUUGAGGAACCUGUGACCCUCCAGUGACCAUGGUGUCUGGGGCUGCUGGGAGUUGGAGUCCAACAGUAUCUGGAAGGCCAUAGGUUCCCAUCCAUGGAUUAAACCCUGCCUCCCCUCAUACUGCAGCCCUGAUUGGGAUUGUGACCCAAGUAUGGAACCCCAAAGUGGGUCGUGAGUCCAUGGAAUGCCCGAUUGAAUAAGUUAUACUUUCAUACUGGAAUGAGGAAAAUCUUGGAAAACAGAUGGUGAAAUGAUGGCUGAUGAAAUUAUUCUCUCCUACAUUUAACCUCUUGUACCCAAUUGCUCCCUCAGACUCCCCCCAGCGUUCCUGCAAACGCUUCUCGUUACGACUGCAAUGCCAUCUCCACAGGGGUAAGUGUCGGGUGCGGGGAGAUGACAGGGGCAGGUUUGAGUGUGGCACCACCUACUGGCUCACUCCCAUCUCUUUGCUGCCCCCUAUAGGCCGUGCUGUUGGCUGACAUUCUGCCCACCCUUCUCAUCAAAUUCAGCGCACCUUUUUGUAUCCACUUGCUCCCAUAUGGGUGAGUUGGCUCAGAUUGCUGGAAGCGUCGUCUGGGUAGAUACCAAAUUCCCUCGUAACGCAAGACGGAAAUGGGAACUUAUUUGCAUGUGCAAUGGACAUACAAUUUGGCAAAGUGUAUUUGGAACAAAAUCGUAUAAUCCAUGGAAAAGAUAAGAUGUUAAAUUACAUUAUGUACUUGCGGCCUUUCUGUUAAUGUAUACAGAAAAAUAUCUUGCCUUGUUAUUGUGAAGUAAUAUCCAAGCCAAGAGUUGCUGGGAAUUGUAACUAUGAGGGUCAAACCACAGAGCCCAGAAUUAUUUGAAGAAAGAAUGAGCUAUGAAUGUGCUUUAAAGGUAUCGGGUAUAAACAGCCCUGGUAGUCACGAGGGGUUGUCUUUGUAUGUGACAUAUGGGCAAGAGGCAUAGCUGUCAACUUUCAGAUUUGAAAAUAAGGGAUCAGCAGCCUCGAAAAUAAGGGAUCAGCAGCCUCACCUGUCCCAGGGACAGUCUACGGGAUAUCUAACAAUCCGGGAUAGCUGUGGGAAGCAGCGGGAAACGGCGCUGGAAUAAGGGAAUUUCCCACAAAGAAAGGGAAGGUUGACAGCUAUGGCAAGAGGCUUUAUGGUUAGUUCAGGCCUCAUCCAUUUGCCCAUCUUAUAUCUCACCCCCCCUUCCCUCACCCCACCCCUCACAGCUUGCGUGUCAUCAUCUGCGUCAUCACGGCCUGGGGCAGUUUUCUGGUGGUGGCCUUCUCCACAUGCACAGUCCAAAGCCUUGCAGGUAAGAAGCAUCUUCACAGGAGAUGGGGUUGGCGGGGUGGGGUGGGGCAGGCAGGCAGUCCUCAAAUUAUUGCGGGAAGACCCAGGGAGCUUGGCCCCUUCUUAUUUAUUGUUACAGCCUCUUGGCAGCUGUUCUUUCUCAUGCUUCGAAGGCACGAUUUUACCAAAAUUGUGGGGAGCAAGAGCAUGAGGCUUACGAGUUUUAUAUUGCACCACCCAUAUCUUUCAAGCUGUGACUUGAGCAUAUAUGAUCUCUUGCUUUAGAAUCGCUGCCUCUUAAUAGGCGAGGUGAGGGCCAACAGAAAAGAAGAGGGAAGCAUCAGCAUGUUUUGUAUUGACUGGGUCUUUCUCCACCUUCUAAUUGCUGCAGGUGUCGUGCUGGCCAGUAUUUCAUCUGGCCUGGGUGAAAUAACAUUCCUUGCGCUCACGUCUUUCUUUGACAGGUAACUAAAAGGACACAGUGGCUGCAGGAUGGAGAUUUGGUAGUGGGGUCGGAUGCAUUACUUGCUCAAUGGGUGUGGUCUGUUUCUUUAGAUUAGGGAUGGGGAACCUGUGGCCCUCCAGAUGUUGAUGGACUACAGUUCUCAUCAUCCCUGACCAUUGACCAUGCUGCCUGGGUUGAUGGGAGUCCGAGUCCAACAACAUAUAGAAAAACCACAGGUUCCCCAACCCACAAGGCCUUCCUUCCUUCCUUCCAGCCAUAGGGAACAGCUUUGAAAGAGGAAGGCAGGUAUAACAUUUUUUUACAGCCACAGGUUCUGUUUCAAAGCAUCCUUGUUUUGCCUUUGAUCUGAAGAAACAGGCUCCACAACCUUCCAGCUUAGUUGCUUUGUACCACCCCAGCAACUUUAGAAAAAGAUACUCUGUUGGCCUGUUUUUUUGUUUUUGUUUCGUUUUCACAGUGAAGGGUGGAUAUAUAUUUAACUAAACAAACAUGCAUACCUAUCUGAUAAUGAUAAUAAAAAUCAGAAAGGCCUGAUGUAUGAGGGGAGGGACAAAAUUGACAGCUGGGCCAGUGUUUGGUUUGAAGCGUGAGUAGAAGAAAUUUGUGCAGGAUUUGUCAAUUAGGUAAUGACGCUAGGUAUAGGGGUGCUUUCUGGUACCCAGAUAUCACCCCCAUUAUGACUCAUGUUCUUUCUGCUUCUCUUCCCACCCCUCUCAGUGCCGUGGUGUCUGCCUGGUCUUCUGGAACAGGUGGGGCUGGCCUGCUAGGGGCGCUUUCAUACCUGGGACUGACAGAGGCAGGCUUGAGCCCCCAGCACACCCUCCUCCUCAUGACCAUUGUUCCGGUCAUCAUGCAGGCCAGGUGAGGACUAACUCUCUCAUAUUAGGUAUCUGCUUAUAGCAGUAGAAGUUUUAAUGAUCAUUCAAGGCCCCGGGCUCCUUGACCAUCUUCUUCUUCCUCCCCACCUUCUCUAUAGUUAUUCUUUUGUGCUGGCUCCACCCCCCGGGGCCCCUCGCUGCGGCUGGGGCAAUCGUCCACAGAAGUCUCGACGUUCUCCUUCCUCAACUCAGCAGCCGCUCCUUGAGAAUAAAGCUACACUUCAAAACAGUAAGCAAUCCCUUUACUGGCGGGUUCACCUUCCUGUGGUGCCACCUAUUGCAUAUAAGGGACAGGUUAAGUAUUUAUACCCGCAAUGCACCUUGUUUAUCUUAAGACUUUAUCCCUGGGAAGAAAUGCUGUCACAGCUUCUUUACCCAUGAUGCACUGGGCUCAUGCCAAGCACAAGAGAGUUGCUCACAGAUAUUGCUGUAACUCUUCAUGUAAUGUCCUUGGCACUUGGCUAUGUACAGAAUUUUUUCACAAUUCUUCCAAUAAGGUUGUUUUAUGCUGUCUCGUUUCAACCGUCCUUUUCUUCCUCCAGAGACACAAAGCCCUCAGCUCAGCCUGCAAGAAAAGGGGCAGGUGGUCAAGGUAAGAAUCAGGCUCAGUAUGUGGUUUUUUGGUUUUUAAUAUGAGAGAGGGCGUAGGAUAUUUCGGAGCACAUGUUUAAAGGUGUCCAUAUCACAGAUCGUAUCAGUAUAAGUUUGCAUGUAAAUAUGUCCCUAUUCUAAAGGAUAUCAGGGUGAAUAAUGCGUAAAAUGGAUGCGGGGAGAAUGCUAUUCAAUUGCUAAACAAAGGCCAGGUCUUGGUUCUUCAUGGAAUUUAUCUGGAAGCCCUUCUCACUAAUCCCAGAUGUAAAAGACCUCAUUGUGAGUUUACCCCUCACCUUCCCAGCACCCUUAACAAACCACAGUUUCCAGGAUUCUUUGGGGGGAAGCCUUGUUCUUUAAAUGUAUGGUGCAAAUGUGACCCCAGUAGUAAAGGGUCUGUUUGUGAAGCCUGCAUUACUCAAGGCGACCAUAUACCUCUGAUUGACUCAUGGUUUCAUGGCCUUCUCAUGAUGCACUAACAUGCGCCUUCUCUCUUACUAGGGUCUCUUAAAAUACCUCAUCCCUUUGGCUGUUGUGUAUUUUGCUGAAUACUUCAUCAACCAGGGCCUGGUGAGUAGUGUGAAAGUUGGGGAUGGGUGGAGACUUCUUUACCAGGGAGGUGGAGCUAAAUCUUCUGAUCCAUCGUCAUUAAUGGUCCUCCCCCCCCUUUUGUCUUCUUCUUCCUCAGUUUGAACUGCUGUACUUCCAUACAGCGCCGUUUACUCACGCGCAACAAUAUCGUUGGUGAGUGAAAGGUUGGGAGGUGAGACGAGAUGGGAUUUUGGAACCUCAGUCUGGCUUGGGUUGGUAGGUUAGACUAGAAAGGUGCUGGGAGCUAAAACUCCUGAUUCCCCCCCUCCCCCACCUCCUAUAGGUACCAGAUGCUCUACCAGGCUGGGGUCUUUGUCUCUCGUUCCUCCGCCAGCUGCAUACGGAUUCGGCACAUAUGGCUCCUUGCAGUGUUACAGGUAAAACAUUCCCCUCGCCAACAGACACCUGCAUGAAUGAUUCCUUUCUGCUCUUCCAAGACAUGUUCAUCCCCCCAUUUCUGUUAUAAUCCUGAUGUUGCAAUCCAAGUAUUGUGAUCCUUCUCUGCCAGUGAACGAAUGAGGUUGUCUUAUACGGAGUCACAUCCUUGGUCUAUCUAGCCCAGUUUUGUAGAGUCUGCAGGGAAGCCUUGCUAUCUGAGCUCCUUUCAGCUGGGGAUGCCAGGGACUGAACUUGGGCCUUUGUGUUUUGCUUCUGAGGUGGAGGAAUGGGGUCACUCCUCCCACCUGCUUCAUAGGUGGGGCUAUGCAAAUGACUUGGUGUUUGGUCUGCUUCAGUGGGAGGAGAUUCCACCAAUUGGGAGGAGACUCCACCAGUUUGUCCCACCUGCUUUAGAAGCAAGAGAAACUAGACUUCUGUGAACCUUUUAGAGCAUGACCACACAUUUAUUCCACUGCAAAUUGUCCUUCUGGAUAGGCUGGCCUAGUCUCCUGUUGUGCCUUUAAGAACUGCCUGAGCAGCAGGAAGGAGCAGGCUAAUGUCCGUAGAGCAGUGCUGAGUCUCUUAUUUUGGUCUGUUUUAAAGUCUCCUACCCUUGUAAUGUGGGACGUGGGUGGCGCUAUGGGUUAAACCAUAGAGCCUAGGACUUGCCAAUCAGAAGGUCAGUGGUUCGAAUCCCAGCGACGGGGUGAGCUCCCGUUGCUCGGUCCCUGCUCCUGUCAACCUAGCAGUUCGAAAGCAUGUCAAGUGCAAGUAGAUAAAUAGGUACCGCUCCAGUGGGAAGAUAAAUGGCGUUUCCGUGCGCUGCUCUGGUUCGCCAGAAGCGGCUUAGUCAUGCUGGCCACAUGACCCGGAAGCUGUACGCCGGCUCCCUUGGCCAAUAAAGCGAGAUGAGCGCCGCAACCCCAGAGUCGGCCACGACUGGACCUAAUGGUCAGGGGUCCCUUUACCUUUACCCUUGUAAUGUUUUCCUGUCCUGCUUAUUACCCAUCACUGCCACCUUUUGCUCCUUUUUCCACAACAGAAGAGCCUUAUUGUUUUCUCCUCCACUUGUCAAGGUCAUGACAUGCUAUCUCCUUCUUUCCCUCUCCAACUAGUGCCUGAACAUGGUGUUCCUCUCGGUCGCUGUGUCCAAAAUGUUUCUACCCAGCAUCUACAUAGUUUUCGCUCUGGUACUCUACGAGGGAUUACUGGGAGGAGCUGGUUACGUGAACACUUUCCACUGCAUCAGUGAAAAGGUGAGCUUGGCGGGGGUGGGGGGAGAUGGUGGCCCAAUGGAGAAGAAUGUUAAUGGAGCACCCAGGAGGGUGAGACUUCAGUCACAUGACUGAGGGGGGUAGAGAAAGGCAUAUCACUCAGAGCUUCAGAGAGAUGAGCAUGAGGCCAGUUCCCUUAUUAGGAGGGAGCAAGGAACAAGCAAGUGGACCUCUUUUAACCAGUUAGAGGUGUGUGUGUGUGUGUGUGUAAACACCUCCUUCCUCUUUCCCCUUCCCCUUCUCCAGCAAAGCCUUUUUGUGUUGCAGAAGACCCUUGGGGGAGGGAAGCAGGAAGCAGGUGCCUGGGAAGCUCAAAAGAAAGGUUACAGUGACUAGGAAUAGUACCUCCCAUUUUCAGAAGACAUAGCAGAGGAUCACUGUCUAAUAUAUAUAUAUGUAUUCUCUCUCCUCCUUCCUCCCUCUAAAUGCAGAGCAAGCCGGAGCACCGUGAGUUUGCUAUGGGAGUUGCUUGUAUAGCUGACACGUUGGGCAUCUCGCUUUCAGGUGCUGUUGCUAUCCCUAUCCACAAUCAUUUCUGUCGCCUCCCUUGAGGCCCACUUCCCAGAGGGACCAACGGAUGCCUUGACUUGCCACAUGCUUGUUUCUGAAUAGUACAUUUCCCAGUAUGGAGGAGGGAAAGACACUGGGAUGCAUGUGCUUAUGCCCUCCUCCUCUGGCUGUCAAAAGAGGAGAAAGGAGGCACGUGGAAUUGAGGUGUCGGCUUUUGGCAUUAAUUUCCUCGUCUGUUUUGAUUUUGGAGAGCAUUUUAUUUUAACUGAGCCUGAGUGGGAAUCUACUUUUAUCCCACGUUGCACAGCAGUGGGGGGGCUUAAUCAGAGCACACAAUCGCAGAUGGAUGGGAAAUCAUGUUCUGCAGUUCAUAGGGGGGAAACAUGUGAAUGUUGCAUAAAAUAGGUCACACAGCACAUCCUUGUGUUGGGCAGGCGGAGCAGAGGAGGAAUAUUUAGAAGAUCCUGCAGAAAUGGGAUGUGCAGCUGCCUAAGUGCAUUAAUAACUAUAGAUAAAUACGGAAGGAGGGAAUGAAGAUUGUUAGGGUGAGAUGCACGCUCAAUUCAGAAAGGGGCAAGGAUAAUAAUUUUGCACAGUGAUCAAUUUCUGUCUCAAGCUCAAUCAAUAAACCAGUCAUAUUUCAA